AUGGACGGCGCCGGCGGCAGCGACGCCAAGCAGAAGCCGUCCCCGCAGCCUCCGCAGCCGCGGCAGCAGGUGAUGCGCACCAUCACGACGUCGGGCCUGAUCGCGGUGGGCCCCGUGCCCGACGAGGCGUCACCCGCCGCCAGCCCGCAGCACCAGGCGCAGGCCGUCAACGGUCGCAGCCCCGCGACGCACAGCCCGCCCGCCUCCAUCAAGCGGUCGCCCGACCACCACCCACCCCCGCAACAGCAGCAGCAGCAGCAGCACGCCGCCUACGCCGCCCACAGCCGCUUCUCCUCGCCGCAGCACCAGUACUCGCCGCAACAGCCUCCCUGUGUGACGAACGCAGAGCCCCCUGCACAGGUGGCGUACUCGCCGGCGAGCGUGGCGGUGUCGUCGCCGUACCAGCACCAGCAGCAGGCGGCGACGCCCACGGACCAGUCGGCGGCGGAGGACGCGGGGGCCAGCCCCCCGCAGCUGCUGGAGGCGGCCGGCGGACACCGCUACUCGGCGCGGCCGCAGCAGCAGGCCCAGCACGAGGUGCUGGCGACGCGCUACGCCCACCACGACGACUACCACGGCCAGGCCACCUCCAUCACGCCACCGCCGCCACUCGAACAUAUACACCAGCCGCACCACCAGAUCACCUACGAAGACCACCAGGUGGUAGAGACGACGGAGCUGCUGCAGCUGAAGACGGCGCCGCUGUCGCCGACAGACGGAGGCGGCGGCGGGGGCGACGGCACCUACACCACCCUGCAGACCGUGCAGCUGGGCACACACCCCGGCACCUACCAGGUGACGUUCGCCACCGACCCGUACCCGCCGCCGGCGAGCUCGUCCUCGUCCACGUACCACUACCACCAGCAGGUGACGUCGCAGGCGCACUCGCAGUCGCACCAGGUGGUGCAUCGCGCGUCUCCGCUGUACCAGCCGGCGGGCAAGGUGAUGGGCGUGGUGGGCGGCGAGACCAUCUUCCUCAAGUCGGACCCGACGCUGAGCUCCUCGUCGUCGGUGGUGAUCAAGAGCUCUCCGUCGCCGCCGGGCGCGGCGCCGCCGGCCAUGAUCUACGGCUACGAGCCGGCGGGGCCGCCGCCGCAGCCCAGCUCUCCGCAGAUCGCGACGCUGUACGGCGCGGGCGGCGCCUCCUACCAGAUACCCUCCUCCAGCAAGGAGCCCGCCGCCUUCCUCUGGACCACCGCCGGCGACUACAUGAGCGGCGCCACCGGCACCGCCUCCCUCAACUACGUGCCCUACACGCCUAACGGCGGCGCCGGCUCCACCGCCACCACGCUCGCCUUCAUGGACAUCGGCGACGCCAGCAUCGACCAAGGUCUGGCGUCGGCGGGCGACAUCAAGGAGUGCGUCAACUGCGGCUCGAGCGUGACGCCGCUGUGGCGGCGCGACGGCACGGGCCACUACCUCUGCAAUGCGUGCGGCCUCUACCAGAAGAUAAACGGCGUCAACCGGCCGCCCGUGCGCUCCCAGCAGAAGAAAAGCAGCUCGCAACCCGGCAACCGGCGAUGCGGCGUGUCGUGCGCCAACUGCAACACCACGACGACCACCCUGUGGCGGCGCAACAACAACGGGGAGCCCGUCUGCAACGCCUGCGGCCUCUACUUCAAGCUGCACAACGUGAACCGGCCGCUGAGCAUGAAGAAGGACGGCAUCCAGACCCGCAAGCGCAAGCCCAAGACGCCGGCCACGAGUCGCGACAGCCCGCCCACGCGUGGCGGACACGUGGAGCACGUGCUGCACUCCGGCCGCCAAGUAGUCGGGCGCAGCGCGGCCCACACGCAGUACACGGGGCACGGCCACCGCACGGCCGCCUCUGCGGCGGCGGCGGCGGCGGCGGUGCGGCUGCAGUACCCCGAGGUGCCGCUGCUGGAGGACGACCACGACCAGUACCUGCCCGCGCCUGCGGGGUCGCCCGCACUCGAGCUGCCCACCUCCUCGCUGCUCAACCGCCACAUCGCCUCGAAGUGA